AUGAAGUCUAUGGCGACAAACCCUGGUGCUGCAUCGACAACCGUCGAUGACGACUCCAGCGACGGUGGAUCUACUAUUUCUGAUGAUAACUUCGACGAUGAAUCAACCGUUGAUUUGCAACCGUGUGAGAAUUCCAGUGAUCAAGGAUCGGACAAAGAGGAAGAUGCUAAUGGCGUUGGAGAUCUUAGCAGUGCUGAUGACUCUUCCGAAUCAGAUGACGGAGAUUCUUUGGUAUUGGAUAUGCAGGAUAUCGGUGUUCUUAUGACUAAGUGUCGAAAAAUGAUCAAUAUGAUACGCAAAUCAAGCAUCCUGAAUGAUACUUUACUCAAUCUGGCAAAAGAUUCCGUUGCUGUCGGAUUGACUCCAGAUAUGAAAGUCCUUCCUCAUAAAGCACAUUCACAUAAAAUUACCACAAAAACGAAAUUGUCAUUUUCUUGGUCCCCUACCUUUAAAAAAUACAUAACUGGUAUAACUAUUAAAUGUAAUGCUGCAAUUGUUUUCUUGUUAUACGAAUCUAUAUCCAGGGACCUGAAAGGAAUUAACGUAACUGGUGGACUUGGAGGAGGAUACGAUGCAACAGGGUUAAUUGACUCGAGAAGUUAUUCAUCAUCGUCAUACGGAACUGGAGCUGGAGGCGUUGAUGCAGCCUUUCAAUUUGCUGAUAUUAAUCGCGAUGAAACUUUAAGCCACGGUGAAUUCAGAAAUUUUGUCGGCAAUAAUCUGUAA